AUGAAUGCGCAGGCCGCAGUCUCGCUGCCUGCGCGAGAGUACGUUCCUUAUAGAACACCUUCGACUAAGUCAAGGAAGUCGAGGCGUUCAGCACGUUCAAUCACCCCUCCAGCAAAGAAGAAAAUUUCGCCGUCAAGAAAUGGAAACACCUCCAAGCGUUCCUCAAGGGACAUCACAACCGACGAGCAAAUAAGCAUCCUUGAUCCACGACGCUUCACUCCCACUCUGCAUGCCAACUUGGUGUCCGAAAUCUUGUCACUGAGGAGAGACCAAGAAGAAAAGGUCAAGGUUAUUGAGAGUCUCGAAAGUACACUCCAAGCAAGCAGAGAGGAGCAGGACGCUCUGCAAGACAGUGUAAAUGCAGCAACCAAGGAGACACGCUCGUUGCAACGGCAGCUGUCGUUACUAGAGGGUGGAACUUCUUCAGCGUUGGGCGAUCUUUCACGAGAAAGAGACGAGGCUGUCGACUCAGCGACUGAUACGAAGAAGCGCCUAGACGCAGCCCUAAAGAAACUUCGUAUCCAAGAGGAAGAUUCUCAGCGAGUUCAUGAACAGUGGGCCGAAGAAAAAGAGAACUGGGAAGAUGAGAAGCGCAAAUAUGAGCGGCGAAUCCAUGUGGCGGAAAGCCGCCUCAAAAUGGUACUUGAUGAGGUCGCAGCCUAUCAGGCGAAUCACGCAAAUGGAGCCUCUCAACAGGGUCGUGGCCAUGAGAGCGAUGCAGAAGACAGCGGUAGGGAGAAUGACACAGGCAGCGUGAGAACAAUGAGUCUCACAAGCAGCAUUCGUUAUUCCCUGGCCAAUGGACCUGGCUUUUCUCUCAAUGGCUAUUCUCUGGCAGAUGAGCUCAAGUUUGAUGAUACGGAUGACCAGACAGACAUUGACGGGCGCGAAAGCGUCUUCUCAAGCCCACGACAACAACACCGGCGAACAUUUAGCCGUGAGAGUGUCAUUAGCAAGCUUCAUCGAAGGACAAAGAGCAUUGAAAGCGUGAAGCGUCCUGGCAGCGUUGCACGUGGCAGAGUUUUCAUGAACCAAUCAGUUCUAGAGGCUCUCGAAGGCGAAGAUGAAGAAACCGAGGGAGAAGACUCUGCUCCGGCUCGUACUCGCGCUACCUUUAAGCCAUCUUACGCUGACGCUGGAGUUCAAUCUUCUCCUGCUUCUGAAACUUCGUACAACAACGCUGGAGUCCAGUGCUCCCCUGUUUCCGACUAUACAUACAGCACCACUGGAGUCCAGUGCUCUCCUGACUUUGAGCAUAGAUACAGUGAUGCAGGCGUCCAGUGUUCUCCUCCGGCUCCGGCUCCCGUUCCGGCUACCAUUACAGCUCCUAUUUCCACCCCCAAGCCUGUAUACACCGACACUGGAAUUCAAUACUCUCCCACUCCUGAACCCUCAUAUACCGAUGCAGCAAUUCAACACUCCACAGCUUCCGAGUCUUCAUACACUGACACAGGAGUUCAAGAUGCACCUAACUCUACAACCUCGUACGCUGAUACUGGAGUUCAGUACACAGCUACUUCUGAGCCCACAUACGCUGAUACAGGCGUUCAGCACUCACCUGCUUCUGAGAGCUCUUACGCUGAUACAGGAAUCCAAUUUUCUCCACCACCUUCUCCUACACUGGAAGUGAUGACAUCUCCUGAACUGGAGUCUGUCAUUUCUGAGGUAGUCGAAAAGAAACCGUAUGAAGAGACACCCCCGCGAUCGUCCGAAAUUGAAGCAAAUCAGCGAAAGAAGAGAGUUAGUCUACCCCCUGUUAUCGAACCGCCCGCCACACCCCGACGUAUGGUGUCAUCAGCCUCGCAGACGGUUGAGGUUCCUUUAACCCCUCCGAAGACACCAAAUUCAGUGUACGAGCUGCGCGAGGAUUCCCCUGUGGAGGUCGAGACGCCGAAGCCUGAACCGAAGAUGACGACUUCUUCGACGCAGACCGAGGCUCCUGCUCCCGUAGUUGCUCCUAUUGCGCUACCUCCAAUCUAUAUCCCGAGCAUCAGCAUUCAACCACCAACUAGCCGGCCUACCUCGCCGCACACUCCGAAGCUACCCCAACAUUUCAAAGACUUUGGAUGCCAAGUCCAUAUCAUUGUUAAAGGCGAUAUGGUUGACUCGAGCUCUCAAACAGAGGCAAUCCAGACAGACAAGAGACUGGCUCUUCUUCCAGCCCAUCUUCAGCCGUCUUCUAUCACUUCCCGUCCUACCUCGCCUCAUCCUUCGGGCAUUGCUAUUCCCGACAAGAGCGCCAAUCCUCUUGCUGGCGGCUUACCUCCUCGAAACCCUCGACGGCUGGAAAACAGCCGGUAUAGCACCGAGCUUCCGUCUUCCCCCAUCAGCCUCCGAAUGGAUGACCAUGAUUUACACGACUACAACGAUGAUCUUCUCCUAUCGAGCCAACGCGGUCCAAUAAUCCCACCUCGCCGUUUCAGCAGCCUGUUCUCCGGCUUUUAUACCGAUUCGGAUGAGAUUGACGAGUUUGGCGAGCUGGACAUGAGCGAUUCUGAGUAUCGAACCGCCUUGACGGCCCCCAGACCUCCAUCUAAUCUGAGCCGAACCAAUAAGCGAAGUUCAGUGGGUACAGUCGCAACUUCACCUGAUCAACAUUCCAAGCGCUCUGGUAGGACGUCUGUAAGAUCAGUAAGGAGCACCGACCUGUAUAGUGUUGGUGAGAAUGAGCCCCAGUCCGGGAGAUCAAGCAGGCUCAACGAAAAGUCACCAGCGCCUGCACCAGGUCCAUCAAGCCGCAACAGCGUCACGCGAAAGGCUACCAUGGCUCAGACAGGCUUGGCUAACUACCCUACCAUUGUUGAGCCCAAGAAUCAAGCACCAUUUCCUAUCCCAGCCCGAGCCAGCUCACGGAAGCCAUCCAUCAGCACCAGUAUCCCAAGCGAUGGGCGCAGCACUCCAUCAAGCAUUAGCGGGCAUCGCCGAAGCGGUAGCCGUACUUAUUAUGCAAACAGCGUUCAUGUUCGUCGUGUUCGUUCCGCAAACACUCUGCCACACCAUGAACGUCACCGCAGGACAGGCAGCCGAACACCACCUCUAUCACCAUCCACUGAAGCCCCUGAAAGUCCCGGUCUCCCUCCCCUGCCCCAAAAUGAUAUCACGACGCCGCGCCACCGAGAAGGCAGCACAUAUAAGAGGCAUCGCCAUCAGCUAUCCAACAAUACUGUCAUGACUGCCAAAUCCGAGGCCGUAUCCCAGGCAAGCUCACAAACCCCGGGAGUCGUGGAUGCGAUUGCUCAGACCAUGGUUGGAGAAUGGAUGUUCAAGUAUGUUCGCAGAAGGAAGUCAUUUGGCGUUGGAGACGCAGGCCAUAAAGAUGAGAACAGCAACGAUAGGCACAGGCGAUGGGUCUGGGUAGCACCGUAUGAGCGAGCUAUUCUAUGGAGCAGCAAGCAGCCAUCUUCCGGCAGUGCUCUGUUAGGAAAGACGGGUCGCAAGCUUGCUAUCCAAUCGGUCCUCGAUGUGAAAGAUGACAACCCGGCACCUCGAGGUGCUACAACGCCCAUCUUCAACCGAUCAAUCCUUAUCCUCACACCACAGCGAGCACUCAAAUUCACAGCGCCUACAGCUGAGAGACAUUAUCUCUGGCUGACGGCGUUGUCAUUCCUGGCCCAUUCUUAUCAAGCCGUGCCCGACGUCCUCCCUGCCCAGCCCCAACAACACCUCUCGGUUAAGCAGCACCCUCUCCCGAACUUUGAACCGCCACGCCCUACGAAGUUGACGAGAGGAGGAAUACGAGAUUCUAUUCGACUGGCCAAGGGCCGAGCAGGUCCGCCAAAGACAGAGCUGGCGAGCAUGCCUAGCAUCCCUGAUGUUCCCACCGUACGGAUGGGCGAUGUUUCCAGGUUUCGAGUGGCAGAGUCCGUGACUGGAGUCGGGCACUCGAGGGAAAUCUCGGUAGAUGCCGCCGAACCACCUAUGAUACCUCGCUUCAAUGAUCGGACAGGCCAUACGCCAAUAAAUCAUGGCCGCAAGCGUAGCAACACAGGAGGUCGUGUGGCCCCGCCGCUAUCUUUCCGAGGCUUCUCAGGGCCGACUCUUGGUGAAAUCAGCCACCACUCUUCAAACAGUACGGCCGGUGCCAGCAUCGAGACGACUGGCUCUUCUGAACUUUACCAGUCACAAGGAUCUCCUGCCAGCUGGGGUAUAACCCAAACACCGUUGUCAACGGUAUCAUCUCAGCAAGGCAACUUCUUUGAUGCCAUAGGUACUGUGCGCAUGGAGGCGUUUAUUAGCCCUCAUGCAUACCAGCAGUAUAACGAAUAUCAAGAAGAAGGUGAAGAUGAUUACAGAGCGCUUGCGCGAAAGAAGAGUAAAGAAUUUCGCCGACGCAGCAGCCGAAAUCGCCGUCGAGCCCAGCUGUCAAGGAGCACCCGGGGAUCAGACGAAUUCUUCAGCGGAAGCAAGACAGCAGGAGAGGAGGACUUUUUCCGAGACGACCCCUUUAGGGGCUUUUAA